AUGUCCGCCUACCGCCCCGACCUACUGGCACCCUUCCUUGCCCUCCCCCAGGGCGACAAGAUCCAGGCUGAGUACGUCUGGAUUGACGGCGAUGAUGGGCUCCGUUCGAAGACCACGACUGUCACCAAGAAGGUGACCGACAUCGGGCAGCUCCGCAUCUGGGACUUCGACGGUUCCUCGACGAACCAGUCCCCCGGCAAUGACUCCGACGUCUACCUCCGCCCCGCCGCCAUCUUCAAGGACCCAUUCCGUGGCGGCGACAACAUCCUCGUCCUCGCCGAAUGCUACAACAACGACGGCACCCCCAACAGGACCAACUACCGCCACCACGCUAAGAAGGUCAUGGACCUCGCAAAGGACUUCGUCCCCUGGUUCGGUCUCGAGCAGGAGUACACGCUCUUCGACAUGGACGGUACGCCCUUGGGCUGGCCGAAGGGUGGUUUCCCUGGUCCCCAGGGCCCCUACUACUGCGGUGCCGGCGCGGGCAAGGUCUUCGCCCGUGACCUCAUCGAGGCCCACUACCGCGCCUGCCUCUACGCAGGUGUGAACAUUUCCGGUAUCAACGCGGAGGUCAUGCCCUCCCAGUGGGAGUUCCAGGUUGGUCCGUGCGAGGGCAUCUCCAUGGGCGACCACCUCUGGAUGGCGCGCUACCUGCUUGUCCGUAUCGCCGAGCAGUGGGGCGUCAAGGUCUCGUUCCACCCCAAGCCCCUCCAGGGCGACUGGAACGGCGCUGGCUGCCACACUAACUACUCCACCAAGGCGAUGCGUGAGCCUGGAGGCAUGAAGCACAUCGAGGAUGCCAUCGAGAAGCUGGGCAAGCGCCACAUGGAGCACAUCGCCGUGUACGGCGAGGACAACGACCUCCGUCUCACUGGUCGCCACGAGACCGGCCACAUUCACACGUUCAGCUCUGGUGUCGCCAACCGUGGCGCGUCUAUCCGUAUUCCCAGGCAUGUCGGUGCUCAGGGCUACGGCUACCUCGAGGACAGGCGUCCCGCCUCCAACGUCGACCCCUACCGCGUCACCGCGAUUAUCGUGGAGACGACCUGCCUCGAUGUCAAGUAG